AUGAAGAAUCGACCGUCUCUCGUGCUGGAUGCGGCAGUGGUGGAAAAGUUCCAGCAGGACUCGAAGUCCUAUCAGAUCAACAGCAACAACUCCUUGCAGUUCCGCGCAUUCCUCUUCAGCGAGGCUGGUAUGUACACGAAGGACGGUCGCGAGUUGCCGAGCACCGUGAAGAAGGAUGACAUUGACUACUCGUCGAAGCGCAACGUCGGCGCCGGAGCGAGCGGCGAUGUCUUUUUCGCGCGCCUCAAAACGGGUACAUCAAUUGCCUUGAAGCGGAUCCCCAUCUCGUCCAAAGCGCAUCGAGACGAAGUAGACCGUGAGCUUCAGGUCUUCAUGGCCCGCGGCGAUUCUCCGUAUGUAAUGAACAACUACGGCGCUUUUUGGGAUGCCGAGGACGACGCGAUUGUGAUCCCGAUGGAGUGGAUGCCGUAUACAGUAAAAGACCUCGGACUGUUUUGGGGCGGCUUCAACGAGCAGCUCUUGAAGGCAGUCUUCUUCCAGGUGGUGUCUGGCCUGGUUUACCUGCAUGAUGUGAAGCGGGUGCUACACCGCGACUUAAAGCCGAACAACUUGCUCAUCAGUGAGAACGGCUACGUGAAGAUAGCUGACUUUGGUGUGUCAAAGCUGAUUCAAACGCUUGCUGUUUCGUCAACGUACGUUGGCACCAUGUGCUUUAUGGCUCCUGAGAGGUUGGAGCAAGGCAUGUACGGUUUUAGCAGCGAUGUCUGGUCACUGGGACUCACCAUGAUCGGGGCCGUCACCGGCAAGAACCCGUGGGCACCGCCGGAGGAGAUGAACCUCUACCAGCUACUGGACAAGAUGGCCAACGGAAGCACGCCGACACUUCCCAAGUCCGGCACGUUUUCCGAUGAUGUGAAGGACUUUGUGAAGCAGUGUCUCGAGCGUGACCCUGACACCCGUCCAACGUGCGCAGAGCUGCUUCGACACCAAUUCUUCGCUGGUGUAACCACCAAAAGUGCCGUGGCGAUGGUCAAGAUGGCAGUGGAGCAGAUGACCCGCCUGAUCAAUAACAACGCACAGAAGGAGAAGGAGGUCGCUCGAUCACAUGAGUCUCUCGAGAAGGAUGUGAAGGCACAGCUUGAUAAAAUGGUCUCAUAG